UUACGCAAAAAAUAUACAUCUUCUCAAAAUAUUGUUCUCUCUUAGGCUAACGCUCCUUCAGCAAGACGUUCCAUUUUCGUCUUUCUUUUAAUCGGCGCCAUGUCUUUACUGUUCAUGUUCACAUACAGUUGCGACGGUGUGAUAGAACAAAGUGGCAACGUCGCUAUAGGAGCUUACUCAGCACUGUGGACGAUCAUGCCGAUGGACAAAUUUGGGAAAAUGCUUCGAAAAGAUCUGAUAAUGGUGAUCGAGCGAUCGAGACGCGUUUGUUGUCUGACCGCGAAUGGAUUUUUCCCCGUAUCUUUGGAAACCUAUACUACGAUUCUGAGUACCGCGGUAUCGUACUUCACAUUGUUACGAAAUAAUAUAGAAAAUGAUAAGGAUGACUAAUGACAAUCGACAACCGAUUAUCG